AGCCACCUGGCGGCCGCGGGCGGUCGGCGGCUGUUUUCUGGGAUGCAACAGGCGCUGCCCGGGCCCAGGGGGCUCCUGCGCGGAACCUUUCCCCAGCCCGGCGUCUGCUGCCCCUCUGCACAGGGCCGUGCCGCAGGCCGCAGAGCCCGGCCCGCGCAGCCCUGCCCCGGCGCUGGCCGCGCCCGGCUGGGCCCCCUCAGCCGCCCGGUGCCCACAUCGGGCGGGGGGGCGUUCGGGCCGCUCCAAGGCCUGGCCCCUUCCCCUUGCCGGGGCUAACAAGAAAGGAUGAAAUCAACAGACCUGUGCCUUAGUUCUGCAGGGGCUGAAGUUGUUCUAGCCACAUCAAGUGAUGAAAAAUACCCCCCUGAAAACAUCAUUGAUGGAAGUUCAGAAACAUUUUGGACAACAACAGGAAUGUUCCCCCAGGAAUUCAUUAUUAGCUUUCAUAAAUGUGUAAAAAUCAGCAAACUCACAAUUCAGUGUUACUUAGUGCGGAGUUUGAGGAUUGAGAAAAGCUUAUCUAAAGAUCCAGUAGAUUUUGAAGUGUGUACUGAAAAAGAUUUACAGUACACAGAAGGGGCGCUUCAAACGGAAGAAUUUUAUCUUCCUGAAUUCCAAGCUACCUACUUGCGAUUCAUCAUCAAAUCUGCCUUUGAUCAUUUUGUUUCAGUGCACACAGUGAUGGCAGAAGGAGUAGCAGAAAAUAUUUAAUAUCAAAUUUACACAAUUGCCUCAAAUAUUUUGUAAUGAUAUUUGUAGCAUAAAGGAUAUAUUUAUUAUUCAAACAUUAUAUUAAAAUGGAUUUUUAAAAUAUGGCUCCAGUAUGUUCCCCCCCCCCCAGCAAUUUAAUGUGUAAUGCAGUAUAACCAUUAACUCUGAUAAUACAUUUGUAGUUUUCCAAUGUAGAGUACAAAUGAAGAAUUGCUUUUUGCUUAACCACUAACAUACGAGUAUAAUUGAUUCCACUUCUGAAUUGCAAUAUGUUGAUAUUAAAAGGCUGUUUAAGAUA